AUGAUGAACCAAUUCGACUCUACAAUUUUUAUUCCUACCAACAAUAUGAUGCACAACUCGGAUGGAUCUUCUACUAAUAGUGUGCUGCUAGGCUCUUCAAACAAUAACAGCUAUCUAGAUCCAAGCCUCUAUAGAUCGAGUGUAGUGGAAGGAAGUCAACAUAUUCAUAUUGGACACUUUGCUUCUAUGCCAAUAUUAUUGUCCUUGCCAUCAUCCGAUGACACCUCUUCUUCUGAUAAUUUAGUUGCUUCUGUGGAUGGAAUGACAUGCUUUUUAGAUCAAGAAUAUCAAGAUUGUAAGAAUAGGCUUUUAAUGCAAAAUUUUGUUCUUCCACGUUCAUCCAUUGCUUUGAUUUCUCAUCAACAUGCUAGAAAAGAAGUUACUUCCUUCAUCAAAGUUAGUAAGAGUAUUUCAGUACUUGAUAAACCAAGUGAAGAGUUAGGUGUUAGUAAGAAUGAAUUUUCAUACUUGACUGAUUUAUGGGGUCAAAUGUUUAAAUUACCUCAAACAAUGUUAAAAUACAGUGGUAAACAUGAUAGUUUCUGGAGAGGUUCCAUCUUUUCAAAUCUUUACAGAUUUAUUACACGUGACUUUGAACAUUUAUUUGAUGAGAAUAGAGAUUUUCAAUUAACAAAUCAAAUGGAAAAGACAAAAUUUGAUGGAUCUUUCUUCAUUGGACUUAAUCAUCAAAGAAAUAAGGAAAUUCGUGAAUUGACAAGAAGAGUUUCUCAAAUUACAAGUCCAAAACCAAUGCAACAACCUAAUCCACUUCAAAUUGAACAACAUUUCCUUAAUGGUACAUUCCUUCCAUUCUUCUGUUCUAGAGAAUGUAACGAUAUUAAUGGUAAUCAAUUUCAAGCAGAAAAUGAAUUGGCAAUAAUGUUGAAAGCUUUCCUUGAAGCUCAAUAUAACUUUUUCCAACAAAGUGGUGCCAAACCAAGAAAGAGAUUUGUUACAGGUAUUACAUGUGUUGGUCCUCUAGUAACUUGUUAUGUAAUGAGAAGAUUUUAUACACUUGUUGAAAAUUAUGGUGAAGAAGUUUCAAAGAAAUCUGAAAGUGUUGAACCAGUGUACAUAAUGCAAUCCUUUGAAACAUUUAACCUUUCAAAUUAUGACGAUUUAUUGAGAUGUGCUAAAUACAUGACAGGUGUAAGAAAGUUUGCAGAAGUAUUUUAUAAUGAUAUUAGAAAUUGUUUGAGACAUAUCUGUGGUUUACCAAUUAUUAAGACUGUAACAACAACCAAUAAUGGAAAUGAACAAAAGGGAAUAACACCUGCAUCUAACGGUUCUAAUAUUUCUCAACAAGAUGGAUCUUCUCUACAAACUUUGGAUACUAAUAUGACCUUACAGACUCCACAGAAGGCUAAAGUUAAACAACAACAACAGGUUUCCUCUGCAUCACCAAAAUCUCAAUCUAAGGAGAAGGUUGAUUUGAAGAGAAAGCAAGCACCAGAAAGUUCUAAAGUUUCAGAAAGAUCAGUUUCCAUCGCAAAUCAAUCACAAAAGAAACAAAAAGUAGAGAUUUCACCUGAAAGAUCCACCAAAGAAGUUGAAGCAGCUCAAAAAGACUCUUUGAAUACAUCAGGUAUUGAAGAUUUAAGUCAAGUUUCAAUGGUUGAAUCUGGCAAUGGAGAUGAUGCUCGUGUUGAAUCUGGAAAUUCUAGUGAUUUGGAUGAAUAA